AUCUGGUAUGCGCUGAAUUUGUACAGUUCAUCAUACAUUCGGAAACACAGCAAAAAAGCGUUAGAUAAGUCAUCCAGGCUAAACUACUUGUGUGACCUAAAAUAAUAAAACCCAAUCCGGAAGCUUCUGUCUCCAACACACACAUUGAUUUCACGGAGUACAGUAAGAGUAGAGAUGCGAAGAUGACACGCUGUAUAUCUCAGGUUGUAGGUGGACUACAACAACGUUGCUGGCGUCGGAUCUAACAGGGGAUAACUGAAUGACUGGUGUAAUUAGUUCAGUCAUUACCGCUGCGUUUUUCAGUACUGCUCCGCCGUUGCUGAACAGGACUCAGCGCGACGAAGUGAGAGCGCGUGCCUGUUGGAUUCAGGAGUUGACAGGAGAAGUCGGACCUCCUGGCACAAAUAACAAGCUAAAAUCCUGGAUUUUUAAAAUAAUUUUUUAUGACGCUGUACAAAUAGGUCAGGUUUUUAAUAGUUCUCGCUCCUGUUUGGUUUAGAAAUAACGUUUCAACUACAGGAGGCAGGUGUGUCAUUCUGGCUGCUCCGCGACAUCCGGAUACACAGUCGUGCCUCGUCCCCUCUCCUCUUCCCAGACAAUGGGCACUCUCCGGGACCUCCAGUUUGCCCUGCAGCUAAAAAUUGAGGAGUUGCGUCAGCGUGACACCCUCAUUGAUGAGCUGGAGCUGGAGCUGGAUGCCAAGGACGACCUAAUCCGUCGACUUCAGGGGGAGCUGGACCGCUAUCGGGCAAACCUCUCCCCUCCAGGGCCCUCUGCAAGCACUGCAGGGCCUUCUGCAUCCCACGACGAACCCCAGCGAACAAAGAGACAGGCCAUAUCUGCCGAGCCCACCGCUUUGGACCCUGCCCAGCUCAAGCACGUCACCCUGACCAGCUACAGCAAGAGCGAGGAGUCUCAGCAGCUGAUCCAGACGGCCCUGCUCGAGAAUGACUUCAUGAAACACCUGGAGGCAGGGCAGAUCCUUGCCAUUGUGGAUUGCAUGCACCCCACGACCGUCACCAAGGGGUGCUGUGUCAUCCAGGAGGGUGACGACGGCUCGCUUGUCUAUGUAUUAGAAGAGGGGAAGGUGGAGGUGACCAAGGAGGGUCAGAAGCUGUGCACCAUGGACCCAGGGAAGGUUUUUGGAGAGCUGGCCAUCUUGUACAACUGCACUCGCACUGCCACUGUCACAGCUCUAACUGAUAUCAAGCUGUGGGCGAUUGAUCGCCAGUGCUUCCAAACCAUCAUGAUGAGGACCGGCUUGAUCAGGCUCUCACAGUACAUGGAGUUCCUCCGCAGCGUGCCUUCUUUCCAGGCACUUCCAGAGGAUGUGCUCAGUAAAGUGGCGGAUGUUUUGGAGGAGACUCACUACAGCGAUGGGGAUUACAUAAUCCGACAGGGGGCCACUGGAGAUACCUUCUUCAUCAUCAGCGAAGGCCAGGUGAACGUCACAAAGCAGAAGUCAGCCAAUGAAGAGCCAGUGUUUCUCUCCACUCUGUCCAAAGGGGAUUGGUUUGGUGAGCAGGCGCUGAAAGGGGAAGAUGUGCGGACAGCCAAUGUUAUUGCAGUGGGGAGUGUGACAUGCCUUGUCAUAGACAGAGAGACCUUUAAGCAGCUUAUAGGAGGUCUAGAGGAUGUAAGCAAGAAGGUGUACGAGAGUGAAGAGGCCAAAGCUAAGUUAGAGGCAGAGGCUACGUUCUUCUCCAGUGUCUCACUCAGUGACUUUCGGGUGAUCUGCACUCUGGGAGUAGGGGGCUUCAGCCGUGUCGAGCUGGUACAUCUGAAGGACGAUACCAGCCGCUCCUUCGCUCUGAAAGUGCUGAAGAAACGCCACAUCCUGGACACCAGCCAGCAGGGCCACAUCCUGUCAGAGAGACGCAUCAUGAUGGAGGCCCACAGUCCCUUCACCGUCAGACUUUACCGUACCUUCAGGGAUUCCAAAUAUCUGUACAUGUUGUUGGAGGCCUGUCUUGGUGGCGAACUGUGGACUCUACUGAGAGACAGAGGCUCCUUUGAUGACAGCACCACUCGGUUCUACACCGCCUGUGUAGUGGAGGCCCUGACUUUUCUUCACUGCCGUGGCAUCAUCUACAGGGACCUCAAGCCGGAAAACAUUAUUCUGGACCAGCGUGGAUAUGCAAAACUGGUCGACUUUGGCUUUGCAAAGAAAGUGGGCUUGGGGAAGAAAACCUGGACCUUCUGUGGGACCCCGGAGUAUGUGGCCCCUGAAAUCAUCCUAAACAAGGGCCAUGAUGUGUCAGCAGACUGCUGGUCACUGGGCAUCCUCAUAUUUGAGCUUCUGAGUGGGAGCCCCCCUUUUUCGGGCUCAGACCCCAUGAAGACAUACAACAUCAUCCUGCGGGGGAUUGACAUGGUGGAGUUCCCCAAGAAGAUCAACAAGAGUGCCACCAACCUCAUCAAGAGGCUCUGCAGGGACAACCCCUCAGAGAGACUUGGCAACCAGAAGAACGGGGUCAAGGACAUCCAAAAACACAAGUGGUUUGAAGGAUUCAACUGGGAAGGAAUUCGAAAAGGCACACUGACCCCCCCAAUCAUACCCAAUGUCAGCAGUCCCCUGGAUGCUAGCAAUUUUGACAGCUUCCCUGACGACAGUGAUGACCCACCCCCAGAUGAGGAGUCUGGCUGGGAUCUUGAGUUUUGAUGGAAUGGACCUGACUCAGUCUGGGUGGAGACCUGGGGAAACAGAGGGAGCCAAGAGGAUGAAAAAACUGACCUGAUCUAUUAUGCACUGGACUGGAUUAUGACCAGAUUGCAGUUCUACUGGCAGAAUGGCAUUGCAGAAGAAUACAAGGAUACUGUAUCCAGAAAGAACUUCUAAGACCUUUAAGCAAUGACAUGUUUUCAAAACAAUAAAAAUG